AAACCCGGGCAACUGCGCUGCUGCUUUAAACUUUGCAAUAAGUUUUGUGCAAAAAGCGUACAAAGCAAACAGCUGCUGGGUUAAUUAAGAAAUGACUGAGGGAGGCCAGUUGAUUGCUAAUGAUGUAUGCAGUUUAAGUGUGGCAGUGGUGGUCUUUUACGUGAAUACCGACAUAUAUUCCCCAGUUAAGAACCUCAUAUUUAGAGGUUCUGAAAAAGGCUUGGGAAACACCUUCUCUUUCUUAAACCGAUUGCAUCAGUUCUGAACUGAAUGUUACUUGACUCGCACUGGGAGGAAAAAAAGAUGUCAUGAACACAGAGUGACAAGUCUUGAGAUUUUGGUUUUACAGUAUGUAACUUGAAGAGGAACUGUUCAAGCUAAUUGGAGCUGCAGCCUGAUGACUGCAGCCAGGAGCUGCCAGCAGCCAACCUCAUCCGAGGCCGAGCGCGGCGGAGAGGAGCUGAGCCCAUAAGACGGAGGUGGCCCCUCCGAGCAGCGGGCGUGCGAGGCAGGUUCUGGAAGCCACAGCGGUGACAUGGAGCGGUUGUGUUGUGGACAGGGCUUGGGCUGCUCAAAGGGAGCCGAAGCAAAUCGGGAGCCUACGAAGCCAGGCACCGCGUGUCUGGGUGUUCAGUGAAUCCUUUUAAAGCACAAACCUGACUUUGGUUGCUUUGUUUGAUCUCCUUUCUGUUCUGCUGAUAGUGUUGUGAGUUAGUUGCAGUGAUCUUUAUUCAGGAAGCAUCAAUAAUGUUUAAUUCUGUGCUCCUGAGGACAAUCCAGACGUUCUGAAGGUGCCUUUUCACUGCCAGGACAGGGAACUCGAGCUCUUGACCAGGUGUUCUGAAACACUGUAGUCAGAUGCUUGAAAGCAGACAGCAGCUUUUAUCUCAGGAUCUUUGUGGUUGCCUGAAGAAUAAGGUACAGACCAGGAUUGUGUUAGGAGUCCUGAGGCUUUCGCAAGGAUUAGCUGACUUGCUUUAGCUGUCAGCAUUGUAUUUUAGAUUUAACUGACGCGUGCACGUGGUGAUUGUGAAUUGGUUCUUUCACAGCGUGCACGGUGGAAUUCUGUUUUCCUUGAAUAUCUUCUAGUCCAAGAAAUCUUGCUGCAGUGAGGGAGUGUUGUAAGGCUCGUGCUAUUUUUCAUGCAUUAACGUUUGGGGUAGGUCUUGGUUUUCACUUGCAGCCUGGGCCAGCAUGCUGUUGACAAUCAAUAAUUAAGGUGCAUUGGGAAUAUUAUUAAAUGCAUUGUGAAAAAUAUGAUUGAUAAUGGCCUUGCUGUGCCUGCUUUGGGUUUUGGUCAGUUGGGCAUGUAAUAUAUUAGUAAUUUAUUGGGAAAAUGGAAAUCUGUGCAUUUCAGGUGGGUGAAGUGCUGCCCUAAUUGUUGCCAGCGAUGUUUCCUAGCUAGAAAACCAGGACUGUGUGAAGCACUGAGUCUUGCUGGCCCUCUUUUUUUAGCAGGAAGGGGUCUGGAGGAGGGAAAAUUUCCCUUUCUGGUGAAAGGGGACUGGAGCAUAAUGACAGUCAAGUCUUUAAAAGCUUAUGAGUUACCAGAGUCCUUGACGGCUAGCCGCUUCCUCUGCUGAUGUUGUCGGAUGUCAAUAAAGAGAGGUUGAAGGCAACACUUCUAAUGGAGCAGGUAACAUCGAAAGGUGCUGGCUUAAACCCUAAUGCAAAAGUGUGGCAAGAAGUACCCCAAGGGAGUGGUGAGGCUGUGCCACCAACAAAUGGCGCAGAGCACUCCUGGCAAGAAACAGCGGCUGCACAAGGGACUCACACCGAGGGUAACAUAGAGAUUUCAGAGGAUAGCUGCAAGCAAUAUGAAGUGAUGUAUUCCCCGUCUUGUGAAGCCACAAGAAAUGGCACAGGAGUUGAUGAAGCAUCUGCAAACGGAAUUGUCCUAGCAACUGAAGAUCUUGGAUACCAAAUCUAUGAAGUGUCUGGUGAAGGCAGCUCCACUGUGUCCACAGAAGACAUUAGAGAAUGUUUGAAAAAGCAACUUGAAUUCUGCUUUUCACGUGAGAAUCUUUCGAAGGAUCUCUACUUGAUGUCUCAAAUGGAUAGCGAUCAGUUUGUUCCAAUAUGGACAAUUGCCAACAUGGAAGGUAUUAAGAAGCUGACAACUGAUAUGGACCUUAUUCUUGAAGUUCUGAGAUCUUCUCCUAUGGUACAAGUGGAUGAGAGAGGGGAGAAAGUUAGACCAAACCACAAACGAUGUAUUAUCAUCCUCCGUGAGAUCCCUGAAACAACACCUAUAGAGGAGGUUAAGGCUCUGUUUAAAAAUGAAAACUGCCCCAAAGUGAUAAGCUGUGAGUUUGCUCACAACAACAACUGGUACGUUACAUUCCAGUCAGAUACAGAUGCACAACAGGCGUUUAAAUACUUAAGGGAAGAAGUCAAAACCUUUCAGGGCAAGCCAGUAAUGGCAAGGAUAAAAGCCAUCAACACAUUUUUUGCUAAGAAUGGUUACCGGGUAGUGGAUUCCAGUGUCUAUACUCAGCCAGUUCAAACACAAGCACAGUUUGCCUCGCCACUGUUUAUGCAGCCUGUAUAUAGUCCUCAGCAGUACUCUAUUUACAGCAUUGUGCCUCAGACGUGGUCUCCAAAUCCCGCACCUUACUUUGAAACACCACUGGCCCCCUUCCCUAACGGUGGAUUUGUGAAUGGCUUUAAUACACCAGGAUCAUAUAAAACAAAUGCUGCUUCUUUGAGUAUAGGUCGCCCAUUCCAUAGAAAUCGCGUGAAGCCUCACUUCCGAUCGUCUAACAGCUCCGAACAUGCUGUGGAGGGUCCAGCUGCCGUCAGUACCAUGCCAGUGGGGGAUGGACCACUGAACAGAACCAACUCAAGGAAUUUUGUUAUGGAGCGACAUAACAGUACGUUAACUGGGCACCAAGACCAAGGUUAUUCCCAGAAGGAUUCUCCUACCGCACAGAUGGAGCAGAACGGAGAUUAUGGCAUCGGCAGGGGCAGGAGGAACGUUUUCAGAGGUCGGAGGAGACGAGAAGAUGACCGGGUUUCAAGACCUCAGCCUUCAGCAGAAACAAAGACUCAGACACCAAAGUUCGACUUGCUAGCAUCAAAUUUCCCACCUUUGCCUGGCAGCACAGCAAAAAUACCGGGAGAGCCUGUGCUGGAGAGCAGGAUGUCCGAUAUCGUUAAAGGAGUCUGCAAAGAAAAGGAAAGCAAAGAUUUGCUGCCCAGCUGUCCAGCUCCUGCUCAGGAAGAACAGGCGCACAGCGCUGUCCAAGAGCCUGUGGCGAGUGUGAGUUCACCAAGUGAGACUGAAGCUGUGGUGGUAAGCAGCACGGGUCAGCCAGAGAGCAAACCGGAAGAAGUGUCUGCUCAGAAAGAUGUUACAGGCCACGCUUCCCCACCGGUGUCUGUCUCUCCCGUCAGUGCUGCAAAGCCGCCGAGGACAAAUACCACUUCACCUUCUACUAAUGCAAGUGCAGCUCCUGCUUUGCUGAUGCAGGAGCCGCGCAAGCUAAGUUAUGCUGAAGUUUGCCAGAAGCCCCCAAAGGAGCCUCCUCCAGUUCCUGUUCAGCCCCUUAGGGAGCAUCGCACCAACAUAGUUCCCCCUGCCAAAGCUGAAGAGAAUGGCACACCUGAGAAGGCUUCGGAGAAGGCUCAAGACAAGGCUGAAGGUCGAAUGAAGGAUUAUUCUGGGUUCCGAGGCAACGGGCCUCCCAGGGGAGCUGCUGGGAAAAUCAGGGAACAGAGGCGCCAAUUUGGACGCAGAUCAUCGCCUCAGGGAGCACCUCGACGUAUCGGCAAGGAGCAGUAUGUGCCACCCCGGUCACCAAAGUAACACUUGUCCAGCCAAUUAUUCUCUAUUUAAUUUGAGCUGUGGACUAAUUGAGCAGCAAAGGAGACUGUGAGAAAGAAGUAUUCAUGAAGGGGAAUACUGAACUGGAGCGUGGCUUGUGUGGAGAAGUUGUGGAGGGUCCCAAAAUUCAUCUCUAAAAGUGAUUUCACAAAUGCUGGAGGAUUCCAAUCAAUAUAAAUAUAGAGAUUAUAAUUUUUGUAUUUUUGUUUUUAAUUUGCAGAGGGUUUCCUGCUUGAAAUCA